CCCCCAUGCUGCGUCAGCCUGCGUGGGGCAUUCUCUUCCUCCCCUGUCUGUCGUGCGUUGGUCCUGCGGAUCUAAUACAAGCCAUUAACGAGACUUUCUAGUCACUGAACACAAAUACGGGCAUACCCGGCAUAAGGCUCCGGCCCUAAGAGUUAUCAACACUCUAGAGUUAGCUUUCUCCAUCGUCGUUGCAAGGAAACGAAAGCAAAGCCCGUGCCAGCAACGAUGUCGGGAGGAGUCUCGGAGGAGGAGCUCGCUGCGAAACUCGGAGAAGUCGAGCGCAAGCUGACGGCCCGCUUUGAAGAACAGCAGGCAAAGGCUGAGGGAAGGAUAGAGCAGCUCCUUGAUCGCUUCGAGGGACUAUUGCUCCAGCAGUCCGCGCGGGACGGAGGAGGAGGGUCACACGGCGCCGUGGUGGACGGGGGCGCCGUGGGGGGUGUGGUUGGAAUCCCAGGGGGAACCGGGAGGGGUUCCGCCGCAGGGAACCUACUCGAGACUGUGGGCCCUGGCGCUCGGGACAGCGGCGGCGUCAGCGGUGGAGUAGCGGGCGGCACUACACCCGAGCCUGUUGAUCGCGGGAAAAGUACUUGGUCCGAGAGAGCUGGAGUAUUGCAUUCAUGGCGAUCCUGGUGAAUGUCGACUUGUCGCAGAGGAGAAAAACCGCGCAAUACUGCUGUAUUUUUGAAAGAGGGCUAACAACAGCGCGGCGUUGCCGCGGACACUUUAUUUCUGGUUGAUUCGUGAGUGAUUCCUUGAGUGACCUUCCCUGUGACGAAUGAUACCGAAAGUUUAUGAAGGAGACUCUCAGUUCAGGCGUUUCAGUUUUGAUUUGGUGUUCGUAAGAGCGUCUGUAGUUUCGCUGACGAUGAUACAGCGAAUGAUGAUGUUUUCGAAAGGCGUUUCGCGGUUCGGGCGUUUCCAUUCUUGAGUGCGAGUGUUUUGUUGAGCAACAACUGUAGUUUAUCUUCGUUCGAUGAUGUACCCGAGCGUUUAUGGCGGUCUUAUUCUCGGAGGAUACGCUAGAUGAGCGUGAGGCCUUGUAAGGUAGGGAACCCACCAUACACAGCCCCAACACUCCACGCUCCCAGAUGUAGGGGGGGCGACGUGAGUUCUUAAAAUUGUGCUUUCCGGAUGUAGGGGAAGGUGUUAUCUCCAGAAAAAACGGGAGGGGCAUCUGUACGCGCCCCCAGAUGUACGGGGGGGCAGCGAAAGCAGACGCACCCCAGACGUGGGGCAGGCAGCAGUUCUUCACCAUCGCGCCCCCAGAUGUAGGGGGGGCGACGCGCGUCCACGCUCUCCAGGUGUAGGGAAGGGCACAAUUUUCUUCACCAGCGCGCCCCCAGAUGCAGGGGGGGCGAUGCGGGUCUACGCUCUCCAGAUGUAGGGGAGGGCAGCACAGUUCUUCACCGGCGCGCCUCCAGAUGUAGGGGGGGCGGCGCGGGUCAACGCUCUCCAGAUGUAGGGGGGGGCAACAGUUCUUCACCUCCACGCCUCCAGAUGAAGGGGGGGCAGCGCAGAAUUUUUCCAGUUGGGCGGUACUCCAGAUGAAGGGGGGAGCUGCUCGGUCAUCACAGAUCUCCGCCAACGCGCUUCCAGAUGCAGGGGGGGCAGCGUAGGCAUUUGCCGUUGCAGUCGGCGCGCUUACCAGGGUGGCGAGCAGCAGCAGGGGUCUUUGCUGGUGCGUUGGAGGAGCCGGAGCCCGUUCGGCAACGGAGUCAAGACCCCUGCCGAGACCGACAAUUUUCGGUUGGUACCGUUAGCAGAGAAUUCUCGUAGCAGUUUUGAGUUUUUUGUGUAUAGUCGCAAAAUAUGGGAGGGAAUCCAAUGUGGCGUUAAACCGAUGUUAGUGAACGUGCAUGACUUUGACGACCCCCCCUCAAAAGUCGCUACCGUGUCUGUAUCGUAUCAAUGUUUUCCCUUGUUGUUUGAAUUGUUCGCGUAGGACAUUCGCAACAGCGAAACUCAAAGGCUAGAUGUCACGGGGGAGCACUGUGGCAUUUCAUGCGCAGUGACGUUUUUGGUGUUGAUCUGAUGUUCUGUUUGUUGCGUGAGAGGUCGUUCCAACGCUCGCAAUCCAAAUUUCCGGGCCACCUGACACGCAAUAAGUUGAAUGAUUGUGUUUCUUCAUGCCUGUUGCUGUAUUUCAGCCAGCGUUGGUAUUUUAUGUUUGUCUUCCCCUGAAAAUGUUGAGAUGAUCAUCCGAACCAUCGAUGUAGUUUGGUCCACUUGGUAUGUCGCUAUUGAUGGGGAAUUGCAGUAGGCAAGACGCCAACGUUAGCACUGCACUUGGCCUUUGUUUCUAGGGAAUUGGAGUCGUUGAGAUGACAACGAGGAUGUUUUAUUUGGUAGUCGUAGAAUCAUUGCGAGGGUUUUUGGCUCGGUGGCCGGGUUUUUCCUUGCAACGCAUUUUUUCUGUGUGAUUUUCGGUGAUACCUGAGCACGUUGAGCAACACACGGUUAUGGUUUAUUUCUAAUAUAAGGAACCAGGGAGGGUGUUCGUGGGUGUGCAUAUGUGGGAAGGAUCUAAGGACGGUUCUGUGUUCCGUAGGUGAAGGGACAUACGAUAGUACCUUUUGUGGUAGACUUUCGAUGAGUCAGCGGUGCCCCCAUGCUGCGUCAGCCUGCGUGGGGCACUCUCUUUCUCCCCUCUCUGUCGUGCGUUACUCCUGCGGAUCUAAUACAAGCCAUCAACGAGACUUUCUAGUCACUGAACACAAGUACGGGCAUACCCGGCAUAAAACUCCGGCUCUAAAAGUUAUGUAGUGUAAGAGUUAUCAGCAUGGAGAACCCUCCUGCGCCGUCGGACGUCGACAUCAGACGCCGCAUGUACAGCUCGCCAUUUCUCUCAGCGAACUUCUCCAUCGCAGUGGCAUGCGCCGCCCGUUCGUCCGGGGCUUCAUCUCCCGUCAGAGCUUCAGGAGGGUGUUUUUUUCCCGGCAUUAUCUUUCCGAGGCCAGACUAAUGCAUCAAGACGCGUGUGAGAGUGACCCAUCCAGGGACGCUCGCAUCAUCACCAUCAAAAGUCACAAACCCACGUUGCAUGGGAUUCGUGAUGGGAGCUGCGCACGCCAUGUGACUCGUGUCAGUUCCCCUACCGCGCGAGGCUCAAGAUUUAACAGCACAACAACGGCUGUUGUAUGCUGUGGCUGGCGUAUGUGACGGAGGCUUGGGGAGAGAAACACAAAGUGAUUUGUUAUCCACACACAAGCGCCCAAGCUGUCUUCACCUGACGGUUACAGACUUGGAAACACGCCUUCACAAUGCCGGGGAUAAACCCCACACAGCAGAAUAGAGUCCUUCAUGCACAACAUAAAUACCCCAACACGACAUAUGGCAUAUCAACCGCCGACGGCACGGGCGACGUCUUUCCGUUCUCCUGGGAAAACAACAGCUAUCACCUGUGGCUCAUCGCCGCCUUUCGGGUAGGAGGUCCGAUCGGCGACGUUAUGGCGAUGUCCUUCGCCCGGCUCGUAGGGGCUCCUGCCGGCGCUCGCGUGGCAACGGCCAGGUCCUGCUACCCGUACUACCACUAUUGGAAGCGAAAGCUGGACAGAAGUCAGGAGCCCAUCGGAAAUCUCAUGCCGAGGGCGCCUCUCUUGUUUGCUUACGGAUCUGCCGGGUACAAGAGGGUGAUGGUGAGCUCGUUGGUUGUUCUUUUCUAGGGGACGAGUGUUACCUCGGUUGCGUGUAGCUCUGAAACAUGAUUCGACUGCGCCACAAUUACUCAUCAAUGGCGAAGAACGAGUCUGAAGUGUUGUCCCAAAACCCGGAAUGCGCAGAGCCCCAGUGCUGCGGUAGAGUUUCCUUUCUGAGUUUUCACGUACACGAGGACGCAAGAAAUCCUUCACUCUACCUCCUAUUUUCUGACGUUCUGAGCGCUUAACUUCCACGAACGCAUCCACACGCGCUUCGUUGCCCUCUGUUGCAGCAGUGCAUGGUACAUUUGUCGCCUCCUCUCCCCUUUUUGUCUUUGCUGUCUACAUACCGUCACGUACGCGCAGCCGUUCCACGCUGACUGGUGGGCCAAGAAGGUCAACGACAAGGAAGGAUCAUCGUCCGUCGCCAUGACACGCUCCAAGCACUGGGUCACCGCGGAUCAACCCGACGACCUCAAUCGCAAUCUGGACGCUUUUCUGGAGAAGAAAUGAAAGCCCUCGCUUCUGACGACGCCUCCACGUAUCUAUCCCCCCCUCAGGGUAGGGGAGGGGGAUGGCCGACCGACCGUUCGAACUGCUUCCAACUGGGUGUUCAGGAAUGUAGCUGUUGUGCGGGGGCUGUCAACCUUUCGUAGCAUGAGGGGCGCAGCAUAAAGUAGCUUUUCUGUGGGUGAAGAUGUCCCUUGAAGUCACUGCCGGAGUGCAAGAACCACGGAAGCGGGAAAGGAGGAAAUGUUUGUGUCAAGGCUCGAUGUUUGGAAUUUCCGACACAAAAUGCGCGAGACGCCUCAUGCUUUUUUGGAGAAGUGACGAAAGGUCUAUUCAAGUGCUUAUUGGUGGUUGUAUUCGUGGGCCCCAUGUGGCGAAAGUAUGAUGUGGCUUUUACUGGGAGGUUCGUGUGUUACGUUUCUGCCCAUCCGUGCAGACAGGUGUUUUAUGCGGUUUUGAACAAGGUGUGUGACCUUGCUGGAAAAAGGGCUUCCGA